CUUAUAUGUGUAAUAAAACGCUUUUUUUAUUUUUUUUGAAAUUAAAACAACUUUUUAUUACUACUUGUUUGAACAAAUUAAUACAAAAACAAACUUAAAUUUAGAAAGGAAUAAAAAAAAGUGAUGUUUGUGAAACAUAAAUUAAUCGAAAAUUAAGUGAGGAAAACCAGAUGACAUAAUAAUUGUACUCCAAUGAUAGAAGUUUGGGUUAAUAUUAGUCAUGUUAACAUAUGAAUGUAUGUAAUGAGAGAAUAUUAGUAAUAAAAUAUAAAUACUUUUUUAAUUCUUAAACCAUAGAGAAUUUUAAUUUUAAUUUUUAAAAUUUCUCUUUAUAAAAUUUGCAAAUUUGAGUUUUGAUUUCUGUAAAAAAAUCCAAAAUCUAAAGUCGCAAUUUUUAUCUCUAAAGUUUGUUGUAAAAGAUACAGUUUUCUUAAAAGAUAUCAGACAUUAGUAUUGCAUCCAUCACAGAAUACGAUACCAACAAAUGUCAAAAUCUGGACUUUUAGAAGAUAAAAUGGAAGGAUUAUUAAUUAUGUUUUGGUAAUGUUAUUUGGAUUAAAAACACAGUUAAACCUGAACCUUACAGAAGAAUAUUGGAUGAAUAGCAUUUAACAAAGUAACCUAGAAAAAGGGACAUGGUUGUUUGAGUUAGUGGUGUUGCGUGAAUGGCGUACAUGGCGUGCAUGGCCUAGAAAUGUAGAGGAAGGCGAAGACGUGCAAACUGCGGACGUACUAGGGAGAGGCUCCGGCUAACGUACGCCGAAGGGGGGAAGAAGGAGAAGAAGAGACAAUGGACGAUCUAUUUGCUUGGCUCAUCUCCUUCUUCCUCCUCAUCGCCUUGCUUGUCCUCGUCACAUACCAGCUAAUGUCCCUAGCAGACCUAGAAUUUGAUUAUAUAAAUCCUUAUGACUCCUCUUCUCGAAUCAAUAAGGUGGUUUUGCCUGAGUUUGCUACCCAAGCUGCCCUAUGCUUGUUCUACCUUGUUACUCAGCAUUGGAUAAUGGCACUCUUCUGUGCUCCUUAUCUUUUGUUCAACGUUCGAUUGUAUAGACAAAGAAGGCAUUUGAUCGAUGUAACUGAGAUAUUCAACCUGCUCCAUUGGGAAAAGAAGCAACGGCUAGUCAAAUUCUUCUACCUUGUUUUUACCCUUUUCCUCUCUGUAUUCUGGAUGAUUUACUCAUCACUGGAGUAGCAACUGUAGGUGAUUGCUUGUAUCAUGGGGUUCUGCAAACUCACAGAAGCGUGCGCUAGAGCACAGUUAAUUACUUUUCAUACUGUUAUCGUGAACUUUAGAGAAGGGAAAAAUUCAAGUUAGAUUGCUUCGGAAAGAAGAUUGAAUCGGCAUCCACAUUACAAGCUUAUGUUAAUUCUCAGAAUCAGAACGAAAGUGUGUUGAUUCUUGAACCUACAGGAACAGCGGUAUGUGGAGUUAUGACAAUGUUGUGUGCAAGAGUCUAAUUCUGGCGUUGUAGCUGUGUCAUUGAACCAAUGCUGUGUUCUUGAUAUCAGUUUUUGUACAUCUCUAUUCUUAACUUCAACGGUCCGAAAUCAUUUCCGAUCCAGACAAUGGAUUUAUACAUCUUAAUUUUUAUAUAAUACUAAUUUUCUUAUUUUUAUUCAA